UCCACGUGGUGUCGCUGUGUGUAGAACGUGCAGCCCGUUCGGCGGACGCUGAUUGGAUAAAAGAGCCGGCGCCACUUCCUUCUCUCUCUUCGGCAACCGCCAUAGUUCGGGAGAGGACUGUGGGCAAAAUGUCGUCCCACAAGACUUUCAGGAUCAAGCGCUUCCUCGCCAAGAAGCAGAAACAAAACAGGCCCAUUCCUCAGUGGAUCAGAAUGAAGACUGGAAACAAGAUCAGGUACAACUCCAAGAGGAGACACUGGAGGAGGACCAAGCUUGGUCUGUAAACAUGAGGGUCCCUGGAUCCCAGCAUCCCUCCAUCCCAACAUCUGCCAGGACCUCCAGCUGCGGGGCCUGACCGCGUGGAGGGAGCCAUGUUAUCUGGAGCAGCAGUCGUUUUGUACAGUUACUCUGGUUAUGCUCAUGUUUGACAAUAAAAGAUCUUUUAUCAAACUUGA